AUGCCUUUGACAGGGCAUUGUCUUUGCAAAGCUGUGAGUUAUGUCGCUGAUGUAACUGAGCCAGACCUGGUGGCCUACUGCCAUUGUGAUGGCUGUCAGCGUCAGAGCGGUUCGACUUAUUGUGAGUUGAUAUCAGCUCUAAACAAAAAUUUAAGAAAACCGACUUGUCGCCUUGCAGCACUUAUCGUGAUUGUACCCAGAUGCGAGCUUGCUAUCAAUGGCGGAGUCCGAACUUUCAGCAGUAAAGGCAGCUCUGGCCACACUGUUCUCCGUCAUUCAUGCCCUGAGUGUGGUAGCCCUCUGUUCGACGAAGCUACCAGCGUACCGGAUGAGAUAGCUAUCAAAGGCGGUUCUUUGAAAAUUAAUGCCACGUCAUAA